AUUAUAUAUAUAGUCAUUAAGCUAAUGAAACGAUUUCAAGAAAAGAGAGUACUAACUGAAAAAAAGAAUUAACGUCUGAUUAAUUAUGCUAUUACAACAAAUAUUACAUAGACAAUUCUAAAGCCGACAAUUCUACCAUCAUAUGAGAAUGCACGUCUGAUUCCAUCGUUCCGAGCCGCUCUAUGAGAUCCAUGUUCGAUAAUACGUUCUUGCACCAUGCUGAAGACCUCUUGUAACUCUUUUCUUCAUGAUCUACAUAAUUUGCGUCUUCUGAGGUUUGAACCUAAACCUCCUGGUGUAGAAACAUUAAUUCGUAAUCAAACUAGACUUCCACGUUACUAAUAAAAUUAGUUGGAAAAAAAAACAAACUAUACUAUAGUCUAUAUUUAAUCCAAUAACCAACCAUUUUGGAGAAUCUCUUUUUUUUUUCUUUGAACGAAAGAAUCUCUCUCUCUCUCUCAAUCUCUCCAAUGGCGUCUCCUCGUGGCCUUCCGAUAUCCUUCAUCGUCCUCACUCUAUUCACCUUCUUACCAAAUCACGCAACCUCUCUCCGCACCUCCUUCAUCAAGCUCCCGGGAAGCGACGGAUCUCGCUCCUCCGCCGCGGAUACUUACUGCGAGAGCUGGAGGUUGGCCGCGGAGACCAACAACGCCGGCACCUGGGAUGUGAUCCCCUCCGUGUGCGUUGAUUCCGUCGCCGGUUAUCUCAACGGAGACCAGUACGCAUCCGAUUACGGCGUCAUCGCCGAUUACGCGCUCGCCUUCGCGAAAACGGUUCAGGUUUCCGGCGACGGCAAGGACGUCUGGAUCUUCGAUAUCGACGAGACGCUCCUCACGAAUUUAGACUACUACAAGGCUCAUGGUUACGGGUCUGAACCGUUUGAGUCUAAUAGCUUCAACGAGUGGGUGGUAGAAGGAACAGCUCCAGCUUUUGAAGCGAGCUUGAGACUGUACAAUGCUCUCAAGAAACUCGGUUUCACCAUCGUUCUCCUAACUGGUCGAGACGAGCACCAAAGAAGUGUCACCGAGACUAAUCUCCGAGACGCCGGUUACUCCGGUUGGGAAAGGCUCCUCUUGAGAGGUCCUGAAGAUCAAGGGAAGUCAGCUACGAACUACAAGUCCGAGCAGCGGUCGAAGUUGAUCGAGAAAGGCUUCAAGAUCCGUGGCAACACCGGCGAUCAAUGGAGCGAUCUUCUCGGCUUCGCCGUGGCUGAUCGUUCUUUCAAAGUCCCAAACCCAAUGUACUACAUUCCUUGAUGAUCAUUAGUGUUCUCAUUCAUGUACUGAGUAACAACAACAACUCAUGUAUGAUUUAUUUAACCUUGAUUAAUGCACUAAUCACCAAUACAAGAGGGUGAUCAACAA